UGCAACAUGUCGAAUUUUAAUCCUUAAAAAGAGUGAACGGAAUUUGAUCCCAUUAACAGUUAUUGUUUUUAUCAAUAUAGGAUUUACGACGGCGAAUGACAACCUAUUGAUUAUGUGUGUAUUGCUGUCACAGCUAUGGACUUAGUUCAAUUCUUAAUGAGAACCAGAAAGUAACCAGGAUAAGUAAAGGAUAAGGAUCAGUGAUCAUUGAUCAACUACUCAUGUCCAAGAAAAAACCUCCGUCGCCGUUCCCGGCUGAAGCACCAUCAGGAUUAUACAGCCAUACAGACCAAGAACCAUAUCCGUCCUUGCGUAAAUUGCCCGAAAUAGACAACAAAGCUGUUAUUGUGAAAAACCUUCCAGCCUCCUAUACCGGAGACAGUGAGCAUCUACAGCUGUUUUUUGAGAGCAAGAAACGGGUUGGGCGUGAGCUAGAUGUUCAAGAUGUCCAAAUUGUCAACAAUGCAGAGGCGGUGGUUACCUUUAAAACGGCUGAAGAUGCCAAUUACAUCUUACAACACCACAAGAAUUCUCCGCUAGUAAUCAAAGAAUGCAUCAUAGAAAUCAUUCCCUCCGUUCCAAGGGGAACGGUUCGUCCAAAAAAGGAGAGCACUCAAGUAAAGGAAGAAAGCCAGUCAGGGAACUACGUGGAGUCGAACGAGGUUGGGGGCUUUAGAGACUGUGCAACUUUUGAAGAUGAUUAUAACAGUGUUGUGGUGACUGGAUUUACGUAUAAAGUGACACAUGAUGCCUUGCGUUAUUACUUCGAGAACAAGCGAAAGUCUGGAGGAGGAGACAUUCUAUAUGUACAGGUGGACAGAGAGGGAAGAAAAGCACACAUUACGUUUUUAGAAAAAUCAGAUGCAAGGGAAGUUGUCUCAAGAAUCCACAAGUUGAGUGACUGUGAUCUUACUGUUGUGCCUUUUAUCACCAGCAAAGUAGAAGUUCUCUUUGAGGAUCUUCCUUUUAACAUUACAGAAGAUAGCUUAAAAAACUACAUCGGAGCCAAGGUCAGAGGAUCAGAGGUUUGCACGGUUACAUUCAACCAGAACAGGGACAAAGCCGUGGUGCAUUUUGCUGAAAAUAUCGAUAUACAGAAGGUGCGCGAUGCGUGUACUAAACAUGCGAUUGAUGGACAUCACCUUAAACCCAAAAGCAUACCCGUCACCACGUCCAUCACUGUGUUUGAAUUGCCGGAAGAUGUCACUAACGAUCAUGUCUGGUAUUACUUUGAAAACAAAAAGCGUAGUUGUGGAGGUGAUGUUUUGAACAUAGAUGAGCAUUUCGAAGAUGGAUACUGCAUCGUCAGCUUCAAACAAGCAAGUGUCGUCCAAAGAGUGUGCAGUAAACGCGGUGGACACUCUCUAUGUGAGGUUGCCGUGCAGGUUGCUCCAUACAACCAUUUUCUUGGUUUACCCUUUGGCUGCGAUGUUUCAAGUCACCGUGACGCUGCUGUCAUCACUCUUGGCAAGCACUUUUACGACACCCAGGCAGUGCAAUACACGGAGCCAUCAGCCGCUUGUGGAUCUGAAGACAAUGCAAUUGAUCAAUAUUGUUAUAACAGUGUUGAGGUUACUGGAUUUACAGAUGAUGUGACGAAUGACACCUUUCGUUAUUACUUUGAGAACAAGCGGAAGUCUGGAGGAGGGGACAUUCUAGAUGUCCAGGUGAACAGAGAGGAAGGAGUUGCACACAUAAUGUUCAAAGAAGAAUCAGAUGCAAUGGAAGUUGUAUCCAGAACCCACAAGUUGAAUGACUGUGAUCUUACUGUUGUGCCUUUCAUCACCAGCAAACUAGAAGUUCUCUUUGAGGAUCUUCCUUACAACAUUACAGAAGAUAGCUUAGAAAACUACAUCGGAGCCAAGGUCAGAGGUUCAGAGGUCUGCAAGGUUACAUUCAACCAGAACAGGGACAAAGCUGUGGUGUUAUUUGCUGAAAAUAUCGAUAUCCAGAAGGUGCGUGAUGCGUGUACUAAACAUGCCAUUGAUGGACAUCACCUUAAACCCAAAUGCAUACCGGUCACCACGUCCAUCAUUGUGUUUGAACUAUCUGAGAACGUUACCCACGAUUCCGUUCUGUAUUACUUUGAAUACACAAACCGUAGUUGCGGAGACGACGUUUUGAACAUAGAUGAGCAUUUUGAAGAUGGAUACUGCAUUGUCAGCUUCAAACAAGCACGUGUCGCCCAAAGAGUGUGCAGUAGAGUUGGUGGACACUCUCUAAGCGGGGUUGCCGUGAAGGUUGCUCUGUACAAUCGUUUCCUUGGCUUACCUUUUGGCUGCGAGGUGGCAAGUCAUCACGAUGCUCUUAUUAUCACUCUUGGCAAGGAAUCUUAUGACAGUUACAAGUUGAUAUUCCUGAAUAGCAACUUGUCCAUUCAGAAUGAAGCAAACGCCUUGCUUCAUACAUGUCAUGCUAUCGUGAAUGAUUGGGGUAAUGAUCCCAUUGUCGUCGAAAGUACACUAACAAAAGAUGAACCAGGGUAUCGUAAAUUGGAGAAAGAAUGGGAGAGCAAUGUUACGAAAGCAAUCACUGGUGUAUUCGAUGAUAUCAGUGUCAGUAAACGUGUGGUUGCGGAAGAAGCUUGGUCAGCUAUGAUGAAGGAAGUCAGAGGUUUGAAGAUGACAUAUCCAGAUGACGUCGUUUUCAUUCCAGAGAAAGUGAAAGUACAAGUUAUAUUAGUUGCUAGAACAAAUAAAAUGGACUGCUCUUGGAAAGAACUCACAGCUGUUAUCAAUAGAGCAAUAGCUUUCGUAAAAGAAAGUAAAGAAAAGACCACUCAAGAAGUAAAGUUUUCGUCGUGGAAAAUGAACUAUAUACAGAAAUCGGACUUCUCAAAUGGAUUCAAGUAAAGAAAAGACCAGA